UUAUAUUGAGUUUUUUUUUUACGUAUCUGCAAAUUAUCGUUGUUUGAGCGAAAGAAAAAUGGAUAUCCUGGAGCCCAGUGAACGGUUCUUUUCACGAGUGCAAAUCGGUUCCCAACGUUCAGCAAAAAGAGCUGUUCGCGAACGACCCAUCACUACCCUGAACACACAGGCCACCCACCCCAAAACUCAAAAGAUCAACAGAAAGCGCGGAUCUCUGUGGACGAAUAAAGUCUGCACAAUGGCAGCUCAGUGCAAAGGCUGUGGACCUGGCUACAAAAGCCCCCUUGAUGCCAUGAAAGGACCACGUGAGGAGAUUGUGUAUCUGCCCUGCAUUUAUCGCAACACCGGCAUCCAGAAACCUGACUACCUUGCCACUGUCGAUGUGGAUCCAAAGUCUCCUACUUAUUGUCAGGUUAUCCACAGGCUGCCCAUGCCCAACCUCAAUGAUGAGCUUCACCACUCCGGCUGGAAUGCCUGCAGCAGCUGCUUUGGGGACUCAUCCAAGAAGCGCAACCGCCUCAUCCUACCAUCGCUUAUCUCCUCCCGGAUCUACGUGGUGGACACUGGUACAGACCCCCAUGCUCCACGGAUCCACAAGAUUGUAGAGCCGACAGAUGUGUUCUGGAAGACUGGCCUGGCAAACCCCCAUACCACGCACUGCCUGGGCAGUGGCCAGAUCAUGAUCAGCAGUAUGGGAGAUCCCUCUGGGAAUGGGAAAGGUGGCUUCAUCUUGCUGGAUGGUGAAACGUUUGAAGUGGUCGGUAACUGGGAGCUGCCUGGUGAGGCCGCGCCUUUUGGCUAUGACUUCUGGUACCAGCCUCAGCACAACGUCAUGAUGAGCACAGAAUGGGGAACGCCCAAAUUCCUGGCCGAUGGCUUUAACCCGGAACAUGUCAAAGAAGGUCGUUAUGGGUCCAUGGUCCACGUGUGGGACUGGACCACUCACAAGCGUCUGCAGUCUCUGGACCUGGGGGAGGAGGGCGCUAUUCCUCUGGAGAUCCGCUUUCUCCAUGACCCUGCCUCCUCGGAGGGCUACGUCGGCUGUGCGCUGGGAGGAAAUGUCUUCCGUUUUUACAGGACAACCAAAGGAGACUGGGCUGCUGAAAAGGUUAUACAGGUCCCAAAUAAGAAAGUGGAGGGUUGGGCUUUGCCAGAGAUGCCAGGCCUGAUCACAGAUAUUCUGAUCUCCCUGGAUGACCGCUUCCUCUACUUCAGUAACUGGCUGCAUGGAGACAUACGACAGUAUGACAUCACAGACCGCAGGCACCCACGUCUGACUGGUCAGGUCUUUUUGGGGGGGAGCAUUCCAAGCGAUGGCCCUGUCAAAGUAUUGGAGGACCCAGAGAAUCAGACCCAACCACCCCCACGCGUAAUUAAGGGAAAGCGGAUCCCAGGGAGUCCCCAGAUGUUGCAGCUCAGUCUGGAUGGGAAGAGACUGUAUGUCACAACCUCUCUCUACAGUGGCUGGGACAAGCAGUUCUAUCCAGAGAUGAUCAAGGAUGGGUCGGUUAUGAUGCAGAUUGAUGUGGACACAACCAGUGGUGGGCUCAAGGUGAAUGAGAACUUCCUGGUCGACUUUGGGAAAGAGCCUCAUGGACCGGCUUUGGCCCAUGAGCUACGAUACCCGGGAGGAGACUGUACCUCAGACAUCUGGCUGUAAAAUUACAGACGGCUACAGUUCUGCCUGUUUCAUUCAUACCAGGUGUGGUUUAAGAUGACCACGCCCCCAAGUAGGGUAGACAGGCCUUGGAGUUUAAAUCAGUCCCAUGCAUAAAUUGCAUACUUUGCUGACUUUAUUCUGAUACCACUGUUUAGACAUUUAUGUACCCUUAGCAUAAAAUGAAUACCGAUGAUUCUUCUGGGGAUGCUUCUCAUUUCUACAAAUACUAAUUCUGUCAUACAAAAGUAUGUGUGUAUGUGCAGUGGGGAGAACAAGUAUUUGAUACACUGCCGAUUUUGCAGGUUUUCCCACUAACAAAG